UGUAGACUUCCUACUAAACUGAGGACAUUGAACGUAUCAACGCUUUCCGCUUCCGUGUAGGUAAUUCCGGAUGUAUCGAGGCGGAAGAGUGUUAGCUGAAAUUACGUUUCAACCUUCAGCAGACGUUUUUGGAGAUCAGCCAUGGGGAAGUCUUUUGCCAACUUCAUGUGUAAAAAGGAUUUUCACCCUGCUUCAAAGUCGAAUAUCAAAAAGGUAUGGAUAGCAGAGCAGAAACUCACUUUCGAAAAGCGAAAGCAGGAAGACCUGAUGCAGGCAUACCUGAAAGAGCAGGACACCUACAAUAACAGGGUUUUGAUGGGGGAUGAUCGAGUUAAAAAUGGCCUCAAUUUCAUGUAUGAGGCUCCACCAGGAGCAUCAAAAGAGGAGAAGGCAGAGGAGGGAGAAGAGGAGUACAAGUUUGAAUGGCAGAAGGGAGCUCCUCGAGAAAAAUAUGCUAAAGAUGACAUGAAUAUCAGAGAUCAGCCUUUUGGGAUACAGGUGCGCAAUGUGCGCUGCAUCAAGUGCCACAAAUGGGGCCACGUGAACACCGACAGAGAAUGCCCCCUGUUUGGGCUGUCAGGCAUCAAUGCCAGCUCUGUGGCUUCAGAAGAGACAGCAGGUCCCUCCAUGCACCCCUCCGAGCUAAUGGCCGAGAUGCGUAACAGCGGCUUUGCCCUGAAGAAAUGUGUCCUUGAUCGGAGCGCAACCAUUUGUGAUACAUCACAGGAAUAUGUUGCUAGCGAUCAAGAAGGAGAUCCUGAGGUGGAAUUUUUGAAAUCUUUAACAACAAAGCAGAAACAGAAGCUCCUCAGGAAACUCGAUCGUCUGGAAAAGCAGAACUCCAAGAAAAAGAAGAGUAAAAAGGAGAAGAAGAAGAGGAGCAAAAGGAAGCACAAGAAAAAGCACGAGAGCAGCGACAGCUCAAGCGGGAGCAGCAGCGACUCAUCCACUGGCUCCAGCGACUCCGACGGCAACUUCAAGAGCCAUAAGCGACAGAAGAGCAAGAAGAAGAAGGCGUCCUGCCGGGACAGCAGCGCCGAGAGGCCAGAUCAGAGCCGCCAGAAGUCCUCAGCGAGCCCUCACGGCAGAGAAGGUCGACAAACGCGGAUGCAAAGAGGAAGGAGCCCGGAGGAGGAAAGGAGGAGGAAGAAGGACACGGCGGAAGGAGGUCGAGAGGAAAAACGAGAGCGCAGCUGCAGCGGUGAGAGGGCCAGAGAGCGCCACCUCGGAGGAGAUGCUGAGAGGAAGAGAAAGGAAAGGGCGGUGGGUGAGAGGAAUCGAAGCAAAGGCAGAAGCAGAAGCCGUGGCAGGAGUAGUAGAAAACACUGAGGGCUGGAUGGAUGGAUGGAUGGACGGUUUUCUUUUCCAGGACUUCAGGCAUGCAUGCAUUUCCCUUUCCUACCAGUAGAGAGAGGCAGUGGACAAAAUAUCAACAUUUGCUUCACUUUACGCUGUCAAUAGUAUGCAUAUACACUUAACUGGUAAGACGCUGGAGAAAUAAGGGUUUGUUUGUUUUUUCAUUCUACAUUUUAACAAUAAUCCAACAUCAAACAAGACUUAAUUUACAAUUGGGUUUCCUGUGUUAAAUGAAUGGCGUUCACCGUGAAUAGACUGUAAUGUUCUCAUUAAAUAAAUCAUGUUGGAACUCUCAA